GACAGUUCCACCUACUUUCCGGGUACAGUUCGGCUUUUUCUAUACUUCUCUCACAUGCGCUAUAACACUCACUCAACUCCCAAGACCUUUUAGAGCUCUAAGCGGUCUAUCAUAAUAUAUUACGGGCAUUCCCCUUUUCAUCAAAACUUGGAAUUGUCAAGAAUCAUUUUCUGGACCUAUUCACGAAAUAAUUCACGAUACAAGUUCAACAACGGCUUCAAUAACCUACGCGUCGACGCCCUAAAUUACUCACGUCAUGUCCAACAAUGAUAUUGUUGCAACAGGCACCCCUCGUUCAUCAGAAUCCAGUCCAAGAGCCCCAUUAUGGGCUCCCCCGAAGUCUCCACUGCCUCCCAAUCGAUUAGCCAAGUUAGCUAACGCCCUUGGUGUCUCGACUCCUGUCCACCACUACCCCAAUUAUCCGAGUUCACCUAUCACGAACCUUUCUCCAGCAUCUCUCCAACCCCCAGAAUCUUUCAGGCGAUCUCCAAGUCCUUCUGCCUCGAGCAUGAAUCUCAGUGCACACUCACCGACGACCUCCAAAUUUCUCCUCCAUGUCAUACCUCCUUUAUCCUUACCCCAUGAUUCCGACUUCAUCGAAAGAUUCAACCUCACGCCACCACCUCCCACAGCUUCCGGAUAUCACACUCAAUUCCGUAGGGGUACCCUCGUGCCCGUGCAUUCCACAUUCCAAGCUCAGUUAUGGGCAAUAGCGAGAGAGUACGCAUUACCCAGUAUUGCCGGGAUUGUACUGUACCUUGUUUCUAAUCCCAAUGCAUCCGCUCAUAACAGCGGUGAAGAAGAUUGGCAUGAACCUGGUCCCCGACUUUCGGAAGCAAUAUGGAAACAUUUAUGGACACGAGUGUGGAAAGCAGAGAGGGAUGAAAGUUUGACUUCGCCGAUUUCACCUGGAGUAGUGGGACUUGGACUGGGGAUCGGGGCACGGUCAACUCCUCAUUUACUGCAAGAAGGCAAUGUUUUGACAUCGAACGGCAGACCUUUGAAGCAGUUACUGUCAAGUAGCAGUAGUUCCGAUUCUGCACAUUCCUUUGGAGCUCCAUAUCCAUCUCCCUCGACGCCUUCCCCUACGUCCGAUACGCCAGCUCGGGACCGAUACCCUCUACGAUCGACCUCGUCUCAAUCUUUUUCUUCAGGUACAGAGACCGCCGACACGUCACUGCCGUCUGAUGAUCAGUCAACUCGAGCGAACUCGUUAGACCUUCCUGGUUUGAACUCGCCAGGCAUCAUUCCUAUUCUUGCAAAAGUAGAGUUUGACAUUGACCGGAAGAAAGCAGGAUGGUACGGACCCUGGUUACGGAGUCGGAAGAUGAAUCAUGUCAAACGAAAGAAAGCCGUUCGAUCCAAUAGUACAAACAGUGUCGAAUCUUCUGAAAUCAGGGUACCUCCGAUAGCCUUGAAGUUGAAGGGAAGGGCAAUGACGGCUAGUCCCAUUUCUAUGUUCGAGCGGAAUGGGGAUGGAUACGAACCACUUGAGGACGAAAGUGAAGAAUCAGGCGAAGGGUCUAAUUAUGACGACGACGACGACCUUACGGCUCGAAUUGCAUCAACAGAUAUGCGAGACCAUAACAAGUUUGGGAUCGACGAUGAUCCUAAUGUGGUCGACUUGGCAUUGACAGGCGGCGAACUCAGCGCGCUGCCUGAUCAGGAAGAGGAUGUGGGUAGACAGAGAGACAUCGAGGAGGUUCAGGAAGUUAUGACCACGGCUUUGCACCGCAAGAAUGUACCGCCGCCACUCGUCCUUCAUAAUGGCAUGACCAGCAGAGAACUUUACAUUCCUAGUCCUCAUGAUUCUGGGAACAGCAGUGAUAGUACUGCGUUGGCAUAUCUUAAAGGAGAAUCGCCGAGCAAUGAUGUAGCCAUCAAAGCUGGGGAAGAUGAACUCGCAGACGGCGAGUAUCGGCCACUCAAGAGUACAACUGAUGAGAAGCGAGUGGGAGGAGUUUUCGAAGCCCUUGACCUUGGGCUGGAUCCCAGCGAAGAUUUUGAUGAUCGGCGUAAUAGCCAAUACCUGUUCUCAGAGCAAUUGGAUGAACUUGAAAGGAAUCUUGAACAACUCUCGCCUCGAGCUUUGAAGGUGGACCUUGAUAAUCAACAAAAUCCAGGCCUUGUAAACGAACAGUUCCUUAACCUGCCUUCGGGCGCGAUAAGGAAUAGUGACGUUCUACCUUCCAGUCCUCGGAAGGAUACGUCUGAAGUGAAGAUUGAAAACACGACUGAACCUCCACGAUCGACCGAGGCGAAAGUUACUGCUCCAGUCUUGGCCGUCAACGGAGUUACUACCACUGCCAGUCCACCUCGCAAGCCUUCGCUGAGUGUUGGUUUACUUCUUCCCACCAGGAACGCUAAGUCAGAAGAAUCUCCCAUCAUCCCGUUAUCUCCCGAUCCAUUUGGACGCUAUCCAUCCUCACCUGCCCCCGCGAACUCGAAUAGAAUCUCGAAUGCAUACUGGGACUCUGCACCAGUCGGCACUUCCACAGAGAAUUUGAAGAGAUAUCGGGAGUCGGUGAGCACGACGGGGAAGCAGGAAACUCGACCUCUUUCAACGAAAUCAAGUAGGUUCUCGACUGAUUCAACAAAUGAUGACGGGGAGGAAGUUCAGGUGAAGGGAAAAGGAGGGGUAUCCAUGAAGUCGAUCAAACGCUUGUGGAGGAAGAGCAAUAAAAAUUCGGUCGCUUCCGUCUCUAGCCUGCCUCCUGUUCCUCCAACACCCACUAUCGCCACGGCACCUUUAGUGCCUUCAAGUUUGGCUGCCCAACAACAGGUUGCGUCCAAGUCAACUCCAGAGCUGUCACUCAGUUCUCCGACGGAACCUCAUUUCAGAUACCCAUCCCCGACUGCGCGGUCAGCUUCACCAAAUCAACUCUCCGCACGACCACCCCUACGUCCCCCUCGACCUUCGCAAGAGGAUAUUGAAUUCCCCGAUAUCCCAGACCAGUUAACAAUACCCCUCCAGCCAGCAUCCGGACGACUAGCACCCAUACCCAUAAUCGCUGCACAGAUGAUUCAUGGUACAAGAUCUCAGGAUAGCGGCUUGGACCGCCUGCAUUUCGAUCAGGAAUCUCCGUAUCCUACGACGAAAAUGAAAGGUUCUUCUUCGAGGCCGGUAUCACCAACAAGUGCAGCUCUGCAACCGAGUCCGACACCGCCGCCACCCCUCCCUGAAAAUGCGAACGGUAAUGGCGUGAUACCGAGUAAUAGGGCAAGCAUCAGGAAGUCGAUUUUCAAGUGGAAAUCUGCAGCCCAGUUGGGUGGUGAAACUGGCAGGCCAAGGAAAUCGAGCAUUGCAAGCCUUGUUCCCAACAAAUCUUCAGGCUCAGGCUACUCGGAGAACAUUCCACCGAGUCCGAGUAUCCCAGAACAUUUUUUGCAAUCGCGUUCGCAUUCACAUUCAUCGGUCGAUUCGAAGACGGAUUCGUUACAGUCUAUAAUUCCGAGGACGUCGAACUCUUCGGCAACCUCGACGGCUUCCCCGCUACCCAGAACAUCCAAGGACUCGAUUCCAAAUUCGGACGAUUCGCAGUUUGAGAUAAUAUCACCCAAGGUUGGAUCAUUGUCCUAUCCUUAUCAUAAUCUAGAAGCUCAAUAGUACUCGUAGGAUUUUCGAGGGCUAUAGCUUCCCGGGGUAGUUCUAGGUAGUUUGUAUUUAUCACCUUUUACGUCCCUUUCUGAGUUCAAUCUGCACGCUUUUUUCUCAUCGUCCAUUUUAAUGCAUUGUAUCUUAUUGAUUUCCAUCAUCUUCAUUCAGCUUGUUCUCAUGUUGUCUUAUUAUAAUCCACUCGAACAACUAAA